AUGACGAUGUUCGAUAAGCUGGCACACACCUGUGACACUUGGUUUGAUGAUGCCAUGAAGGAAAUGGACGCAGGGGAUUUGCCUCAAGUGCUGGUCGGAAUGGUCAAGUCUUUCACAUUCAAGCAGUUGACGUCAGCAGCAGGCGGCAUUGCCAAAGAAUUGCUGAGCGCAGACGACAACUUGUUGGAACUCAAUGCUAAGAAGCUGAAGUGCUUGUGCUACUCUGAACUGGAGUUCAUCGCACGGGAAGGGCGGUUCGAUUUCCGAGCCACAAGCACGGGCAGCAAGUUGUACGCUAUAUUGCGUGCGACGAGCUCUGUAUUUCUGGGAGACACACAGCUGGUCGAAAGCACCAACAGCAUCAUCAGAUUGAUCUCAUCCCGGUGUCCGCGAAUAGACUUACCCACACUGUCCAGCCGGCUGAUCGUUCAGAAAUCUUGUGCCUUUGCCAGCGCAAGCGGUGAAGGUGUAGAUGACGAUUCCGCUUGCAAGAGAUGGUCUGCUGUAAAGCGUCGUGCUGGGCCGGUGCUUGAAGACUUGCUUGGGUCAGGAGAGAAUUACAAGCCUGUCUUGGACAUGCCCAACCGCUUCACACCGACUUCGGUUGUUGACUGGGCUCAGCUCCACGACGAUUUGGCUAACACCAACCUGUCACUCGCUUUGCCUGAUUUGAAAGUCACAGCAGCCUCACGUCUGUUGGCGGGAUCUGUGUUGGCGACGCAUAAGGCACAUUCGCAAUUUCGAAAGGCACUGGCUGACUCCAAAGGUCGUUUGUGGAGCACCGCAUCUCAAGGUGCCCUACAGCUUCAAUCAAAAAGCGUAGAGACACAGGGGGAUGUAGACGUUCGUGAUUGCCAUGUGCUUUGCACGACAUCGCCAAGAUCCCACAUGGUCCUGGCGAAACUUGAGAGGACAGACGGAGGCGAGCUCCGGCUGCAAGGCGACAGGUUUCAGUUCACGACGAUGAAGGAGAUUCUUAAGGACAUGAGCAAGGAAUCUAAGACAACAGCUGCAUCCAGCACUGCCAACGACACCAGGGUUGCGGUGAAAGGCUUGCAUGUGUUUCGUGCGCCGAGUGGUGGCCCGGCCGCCUUGCAGGAAGAUGCACUCCCUAGCGUGGGCGAUGAUGAAUCAGCUUCUUCUUCGACGUCUUCUUUUGAAGCUCUUCUUUGCGGAGUGUCUCAUGGUGCGAGCACGCUGGUGGAACUUGGCGGCCAGCCGGACCCUGUGAAGGACUCUGCAAGCAAGAGAAUGCUUCGUGGCACUGCCAGCGCUCCAGAGUCAACUUGUGACACGGCUGACACCGAUGAUGCGGAGAUUGCAGAACUCGCAGAUGUUGAAGCCGGAUAUGGGUUUGGAGAAGAGGAAGACGAUUCUACGGAUCAGGCCGAUAAGCUCAUGGAUGAGUUGGACGAUUCGGAUAUCAACAAAACGAAUGCAUCGGCCAUUGCCGACGUGACGGGCAAGGACGGCCAAGCAAGUGCACAAGGCAACAUGAUGCGUGCUCUGGAGCACGCUAAGGAGCUU